CGCAUUGCGUUUUGCAAUUGAUUCUUCUAUCAGAUGCCACGGCGUUCUGUUGAGUUCGGACACUCUGUUCAAACUUAUGAGUUCUGACUUAUUUAACGCCUUGUCGCCGCUCCUGCAUGACGUUUUCUCUUUGGCGAUAUGUCUGGACGGCUAGUCAUACUGGUGCUCCUCCUUGUGGACGUUGCUAUUGCCCAAGAGUUGUCCCUUGGUCUAAAUGGACUUCUCGAGGGCUUUGAGCUUGGUCAUGGCUUUAGGGCCGCCUGGCUGAGGGCCGUUUCUCGGCCGCAUUCUCAGCAACAUUUCCCGCCUAAAACGGGUUUAUCCUCUUCGUCUUCGGACAGCCCUCCGUCCGACAGCUCGCCGCACAUUCGCGGCGAUGCUGCGUUCCUAUUCCAUCCUUACUGCAACUUCACGACGUGCUGCAGCAGGCGGACCAGCUUAAGCCUCAGUUACCGCGCUUCACAAUUUACAGCGAGGCUGGGCUCGGCGGCACCACCACCCCUUCUGGCUUGCGGUCCUCGCCCCACAAGUCCAGGCAACCCCUCCAUCCCAUGUCAUCCGCCGCUUGACGCUCAGCCCCUUCUCCAGGGCAUCCAAACUCGGGUGCAGCUGUCACUACACUCCAUCCGCACGCAGCUGCUGCAGCUGGGCGGCACCAUCGCUCAGCGUGCGCUUGCGGCACAGCUGCAGCUGCUCUACCAGCCACGCACAAAGCUACUGGCCCUCGCACCCGCAGCCCCUCCUCCAUCUUUCCCCUCCUCCUCCAACUCCUCCUCCUCACCAGCGGUUUCGGCUGAGGAAGAGGCACAGCAGCACCCAACGGAGCCUGUACCAGAGGGACAGCGGCAGCAAACUCAACAUCCACAAGAGGGGCCGGAUGCAGCAGUGACAGAGGCUGGGACGGCCGUGGACAAUGACACAAUGGAGGACACAACUGCAGCGCCGAGUGAAGAGGCCUCCCCUUCCCCCGCACCAGCCCCGUCUCCAACAGUUGACCUGGAAACGACAGGGGCGGAGGCGGCUGAGCAAACACACGCAGGUGCUGCUGCUGCUGCUGCUGCGGAGGUCGCUGAGGAGGAGGCGGCUUCAGCCAGCGUCUUGACGCCACUCCCCGAGGCCUCGCGGACACUAGGGACCGCAGAGGAGGGCGGCGAUGGUGGUGGUGGCAAUGGUGGGCUAGAACUCCCUGACACCCCGAGAACCGCAAGGGGCAGAGGGCAAAGGGAACACCGGAUACAGCAGGAUGCUCUGACAGGGCCGGCGGGAGCAGCAGAAGCACCUGCAGACGGAGUCCCAACAGCUGUAACAGCCGAUAGGGGUCGGGGCGGCGUUCUGGAGCUGGGUCAGGGCGGAGAGAGCGCUGCUGGAUUUGGUUCAAGUAGCAGUAGCAGCAGAAUCUGCCUUGUUGGGGGCGACGGCAGCGGCCUUCUGCAGGGCGUUGCAGUCGCGGUUGGGGGCGGCAUGCCGGCUGAGCUGUUGGCUGAGCUGGAGGGGCUGCUGGUGGCAGGCGGGGCGGAGGCGCUGCUGAUGCGGUCGCAGCAGCAGUGGGAGGGGGAGCAGCAGCAGCAGGACCAGCAGUGCGGGUGGGGACAGGAUGGGGAGGAGAACAUGCAGCCCCAGCAGCAGCAGCCUCAAGCAUGGGGUGUCGUCGAGAGGGGUGCUGCUGCUCACGCUUUAGCGGCUGUCGGUGUCGCUACCCCUACCUCUGCUCCCCGCGAGGAUACGGAGGCCGCUGGCGCUGCUGGUGGCAGUGACGACGGAAGACUCCAUGCCGGGGCAGCCGAGGAUAACACUGAGGGCGCCGCUGCUUCCGGCUGCCUCUGUACUGACGUUACGCACAAUUUGGAGCAGCCGGUGACAGCGGCGCCGGACAGUAAACCGGGCAACGCUGGGUUGCGUACGGCAGUUAUCGCCGUCGCCACUGCAACCGCAGUCGCGCUGGUUGUUGGUAUGGCGGCUGCCAUACUUCAGCGCAAGGCUGUCGCGGAGGUGAAACGCCGCGAAGCAGCGGCCCGGACCGCCCUUGAAACGGAGCUCCGAAACCAGCACGCGCGCGAUAUAGCUCGGCUCCGAAAUCAGCACGGUGAGGAGCUUCAGGCGCUCCGAAACCAUUACGAAUUGAAGAGGAUUCCAGAUCUCCAGACGGAGUUCAACAGUCAUUUGCAGGAGCUCCGAAACCAGCAUGAGGUUGCCAUCGGUCAGCUCCAAAACAAGAUCUUAGAAGCUAACGUCGAGGCACAACGUCAGCUUGCAGCCCGGCGGGCGGCUUUACGUCUAGCAAUUUCGGCGCGUCGCGCCGCAGCCGCGGCUGCCGUGCAUUUAGCCACGCGGGUUCCGGAGCUCCAACGCGGCCAAGUGGCGCUGGCGGAGGCCCUGGCAGCGGCGACGCGGGAGUGGCGGCGGCGCGGCGAGUCCCUAGCGGCGGCGCUGCAGCGGUGUCGUACAGGCGCCGAGCGACUGGCGGCGUCGGCGGCGGUAGCGGCGGAACGCUCGGCUGCGGCGGAGCGACGUCAGUGGGAGGCGACGGCUGCUGCGUUGGCGGCGGCGGAGGCGACGCGUCGGAGCGAGGUGGCGGCGGUGCAGGAGCAGCUGGAAGCGGAGCUCGAGGACACGCGCCGUCAGCUGUCGUACACGUCAGCCGCCGCAGCGGCCCAGCGUGUGACGAUUGGUACGGCACUAGGGGAGCUGCGCCGCCGCCACCGCAGCAACGUGCGGGCGUGGUUGGCGAUGCGCGCGUGGCUGGGUGUCCAAGUGACGGAGCUGGCGGAGAGGGCGGGGAAACUGGCCUCCCAGCACCGCUCCCAGCUGGAAGGCGCCCGGGGUGCGGUGGCGGGUCUGCAGGCGCGGGUGGUGCUCAUGCAGCAGCAGCUGGAGCAGCAGGUGUCUGCCGCUUGUGAGGCUCGCCGCACCAACGGAGAGUUGUUGGAGUUGUUGGGGGAGAAGGACGCGACCAUCACGCUGUUGGAAGGGGAGCUGGCCAGCGUUAGGAUGGCGCUAGACUCCCAGCGGGCCCAGUGCGGCGACCUGUCCCGCACCCUCACCUCCACUGAUGAGGCCCUGGAGGCGGCCAUGCAGGAGGGCAAGCAGCUCGCGGAGCAGCUGGAGGAGGCCGAGGCCGCUGCUCGCGCGGCUGAGGAGCGGUCCGCUCAGCUGCAGGCAGCAAAUCGCAUGCUGGAUGAAAAGCUCAAGGAGUUCACGGACAUGGCGGCCACGCUAGCCAGGCUGCAGGACACCUUUGUGGCCCCCGCCCAGGCUCGCGCCGCUGCGUUGGAGUCUCAGCUGGCGGCGGAGAGGGCGGCGGCGCAGGCGGCGGUGGAGGAGCGGGACAGCCGGCUUGAGGCGGCGGCGGCGGAGCUGGCGGAGGCGAAGAGGGAGCUCGAGGCGCACCAGCGGGCGAGGACGGAGAUGGCGGAGAAGCUGGAACGGCGCGAGCGGGAGCUGACGGCGUUGCAGGCCGAGCUCUCCGAGCUGGCUCGUCGCGAGGAGGAGUCCCUGGAGGCCGCCCUCGCAGCAUCCUCCGCAUCAGCCGGAGGCGCCCCUGGCCUGGGGGGUCUUGGCGGCGGCCCUACCUCCUCCUCCGCGCGACCCGGCGCAGCUGCCAGUCUGGGCGGCCUGAGUCACCCGCUGCUCUCCCUCCUGCUGCAGGACCCCUCCUCGGGGGCUGCCGCCGCGGCCGGGGGGGUUGGCGCUGCUGCGACCGCCGCAGGUCUUGCUAAUGCCGCCGCCGCGAACAGUGUGCUGCAGCAGCUGCUGCCGCAACUGCUGCCGGCGCUGCAGCUGCAGCUGCCCUCCACGCCGCCUCAGCCGCCGCCUGCUGCUGCUGCUGCUGCGGGUGCUGUGCAACAAUCCAACCCUCAUCCUCAACCCCAUCCUUCCCACGCAGCGCCACAACACCAGCAGCCAUCCACCCAUUCACAUCCAGCUCACCCUCAACCUCAUCCUCACAGCCAGCAAAGCCAACACCAAACCCAAGCAGGACAACAGUCACACCAACCACUCCAACCACAACACAGCGGCUCCUCCCCACUCGCACCCCAUCAGCCGCAACAGCACCAAGUCCUGCCCCUGCUGCCCCUGCCCGCCGACACGAAGGGUUUCCUGGCGGCGGCAGCGGCCGCACCGCCCAGCAGCGCCGCAGGGGUGCUGGCGGCGGCGGCAGCAGCGGCAGCAGCGUAUGGAAAUCUGGGGGGCGCGGGCGGUGGCAUGGGGGGUGGUAUUGCCAGCAGC